AUGACAAACCUCAAGCUCAAUAGAAGUUUCAUUGAAAAUGGUCCUUGGAAGGACAAUUUGUUCCAAGGAAAGGUUGUAUUCGUAACUGGAGGUGCUGGUACUAUCUGUAGAGCUCAAACGGAAGCAAUGGUAUUAUUGGGAGCAAAUGCUGCUAUUGUAGGUAGAAAUCCUCAAAAGACUAUUCAAGCAGCUAAAGAAAUAGCUCAAUUAAGACCUGGAGCUAAAGUAGUUGAAUGUAGUAAUACAGAUGUCAGAGAUGUUCAAUCUUUGGUCAAAGCUGUUGAUAAAACAGUUAAAGAAUUGGGUAGAAUUGAUUAUGUCAUUGCAGGAGCUGCUGGGAAUUUCCUCAGUGACUUUAAUCAUUUAUCUUCCAAUGCCUUCAAAUCGGUGGUUUCAAUUGAUUUACUUGGAUCUUUCAAUACCGCCAAAGCAUGUUUCGAACAAUUGAGAAAGAAUAAAGGAGCUAUUCUUUUUGUAUCUGCUACAUUACAUUAUUAUGGAAUCCCAUUUCAAGUUCAUGUUGGUGCUGCAAAAGCUGGUGUUGAUGCUUUAUCUAAUGCUUUGGCUGUAGAAUUAGGUCCUUUAGGUAUUAGAUCUAAUUGUAUUGCUCCAGGAUUCAUUGAAGGUACUGAGGGUAUGGAUAGAUUAAAUGGUAAAACCGAAACUAAAAGUAAAAUUCCUUUACAAAGAUACGGUAGAGUUGAAGAUAUAGCUCAAGCUACUAUCUAUCUUUUCUCAUCAGCUGCUGAGUACGUUACAGGUACUAUUCAGAUAGUUGAUGGAGCUGUUUGGCAUAGUGGGGUAUUCUCUACUAAAUAUGAAUAUCCAGUUAACAUCAUUAAAGCUAACAGUGACCCAGUUAUGAAGUUAUAG